UGCUCUUCUUCUUCCCACUGCAGCCACCCGAAGAAAAAAAAAGGGAAACCCAGCCAUGCCUUUGAGAAACCGGCGAGAUAAGCUUGGUUUUCUCCUUCCUUUCUUGCUCUAGAACACACCUAGAACCCAGAAAUCUUCCCCCCCCUGCUGGAAAAGCCGGAUCUGCCCUGCUCUGCUUUGUCCUUCCGCCAGCUGCUCUUGAUUGUGGGUGAUUUCUGGGCCUUUUUUUGGUAAGAACAGCCCCUAAUUCCUUUGUUCUUGCUUGAAUUGGCUUGGGUUAACUUUGAUUGCUCUUAUUUCCUCCAAUUUUGGGUAGUUCCGUGAGUUUCUCCCCUGCACUGCCGCCGGCUUCUUCCCCCUGCUAGGUCCGGUUCCUUGCUUGUAAAUUCUGGAAGUGAAACCGAGGACGAGGAAACCACGGGAAGUGACGAGUUAGAAGGCUAGCCAUAUUGUAAUUGGAUAUAAAUUUUAGAUAUGAAUCAUGAUCUUGUAUUUGGAGAUUUUAUGAUAUUUGAGAGAAUUUUAUAAUUUGAUCUUCAGAGUUUGGUGGUAUUAGAGUGUGAUGUGAUAAGUUCCGAGCCUUAUGCAUUUGUGGGACCCCUCUCACGAGUGCACGGUGUCUGUCGCGUCUCGAAAUUGGGUUUUGGGGCAUGACAAGUUUAAUAUAACAGGUGUGAAAAGUUUUGUUUUGGCCAUGGCUAAUUCACUAUGAUAUACAGGAGAAAGAAGAAGGUAAUAUAUAGAUGGGCAGAGAUUGUUUUGCUUUGAUACCAUGAAGAAGUUCAAGAAAAGAAGAAUAAAUGAAAUGCUUGUAUUUCUCCAUAGUUUUGUACAAGUACAUAUGUUUACAAGAAACACAUUCAUGCUGAAAAUCAAGGAGUAUUUUCACA